UGCCACGUCACCCACAAGCUGAUCGACAACCUCCGCCUCUUCCAUGAGAUGACCGGCCCCGUCUUCGACGGCGCCGCGCCGCCGCUGGACCCGUCCGUCCCGCUGCCCCCGGCACUGCAGCUGCGCCUGGAGCAGCUGCGCGGGCCGGGGGGCGGUGUCGGCGGCGUGGGGGGGUUUGACGGCUUCAGGGACUGGCGGCCGCGCGGCGAGGGCGAGGGGGAUGCGGCGUGA